AUGCCUCCAGAGCCCGAGCUGGGGAACAGCUUUGGGGCGAUGUUGAUCGGGACUUUUAUUGGAAUAGCACUCUACGGAGCCGUCGUGCACCAAGCAUAUCGGUACUUCCGUGUGUACCACGAUGAUCAAAUCUUAAUCAAAGCAUUGGUCCUCGUUGUUUUAGCUCUGGAAACGUUUCACAUUGUCGCAUGCUGCCAUCUAAGUUAUCACUAUCUUGUCGCAAACUGGGGCGUCCCGAUACAUUUGAUCAACACUACUUGGUCACUCAAUUCGCUACUAGCAUGCUCGGGUCUCAUAGUGUUCAUCACACAAAGCUUUUUCGCGCGCCGCGUAUACAUCCUGGCACCACGCUUUAGAAUCCUACUCGGCGCUACGUUCCUCCUGCUGGUUCUGGAACUCGGCUUUCUUACUGCUGCUUCCGCAGAAACAAUCAUACAGGGAAGCUUUGUAGGAUUCAAGAAGCUCACUUGGCUGGUCGCUGCUGGUUGCGGAAUCGCGCUGGUGGCGGAUGGGAUCCUUACGACCCUCCUGGUUAUAAUUCUUCGCAAGCGACGAACAGGUUUCGAACGCAUGGACACCGUUGUUCAUCUUCUUGUUCUAUAUACUAUCAACACGGGCAUGUUGACUGGAAUUGUCGAUGCUAUGAUAUUUACAUUCUCUAUACUGUUCACGAGCAACCUCAUUUACGCCGCGUUUGGGAUCGUCUGCACCAAACUUUAUGCAAUAUCCCUUCUCGCCGCGCUCAACGAGCGUAAAUCGCUCACCCUUCGAGCCAUGUACAACAUCAACGAAGAUUGGGUGGAUAUACCCAUCACUCCCCGUCCUUAUGGUGCGCCCAACAUGUCAAGGUCGUCAUAUACCAGCACCGCCUUUUCGGCACCCUUGACGCAGCUCACACCUAGGGAGCGCCGAUAUCGCGUGUCCACCAGGUCACUCCCUGCACCUAAAAAACCUGAGCCUGUGCAACAUGCGCUUCGGCGUGCGUACUGGGACACUGGCGACAUCGACGUUCAAGCAUUGUAA